ACGGCAGCCAUCUUGUUUGUUUGAGUGAAUCGGAAAGGAGGCACCGGCUGUGGCGGCGGCGGGAGCUGCCCCGAAGCUACACCUCGAAGGGUUCCCCCCCUUUCCCCGCCCCCUCCCCCAACCCUUUUCCCCUCCCCGGGCCACCCAGCCCGCCCAACUCCCAGCGGAUAGCAAGGUUUUCUUCUAUUUUCAUAACCAACCAGAACAAUGUUCUACGCACAUUUUGUUCUCAGUAAAAGAGGGCCACUAGCCAAAAUUUGGCUAGCGGCCCAUUGGGAUAAGAAGCUAACCAAAGCCCAUGUGUUUGAGUGUAAUUUAGAGAGCAGCGUGGAGAGUAUCAUCUCACCAAAGGUGAAAAUGGCAUUACGGACAUCAGGACAUCUCUUACUGGGAGUAGUUCGAAUCUAUCACAGGAAAGCCAAAUACCUUCUUGCAGACUGUAAUGAAGCAUUCAUUAAGAUAAAGAUGGCUUUUCGGCCAGGUGUUGUUGACCUGCCUGAGGAAAAUCGGGAAGCAGCAUAUAAUGCCAUUACUUUACCUGAAGAAUUUCAUGACUUUGAUCAGCCACUGCCUGACUUAGAUGACAUCGAUGUGGCCCAGCAGUUCAGCUUGAAUCAGAGUAGAGUGGAAGAGAUAACCAUGAGAGAAGAAGUUGGGAACAUCAGUAUUUUACAAGAAAAUGAUUUCGGUGAUUUUGGAAUGGAUGAUCGUGAGAUAAUGAGAGAAGGCAGUGCUUUUGAGGACGAUGACAUGUUAGUAAGCACUACUGCUUCUAACCUCCUGUUAGAGUCUGAACAGAGCACCAGCAAUCUGAAUGAGAAAAUCAACCAUUUAGAAUAUGAAGACCAAUAUAAGGAUGAUAAUUUUGGAGAAGGAAAUGAUGGUGGAAUAUUAGAUGACAAACUAAUUAGUAAUAAUGAUGGCGGAAUCUUUGAUGAUCCCCCUGCCCUCUCUGAGGCAGGGGUGAUGUUGCCAGAGCAGCCUGCACAUGACGAUAUGGAUGAGGAUGAUAAUGUAUCAAUGGGUGGGCCUGAUAGUCCUGAUUCAGUGGAUCCCGUUGAACCAAUGCCAACCAUGACUGAUCAAACAACACUUGUUCCAAAUGAGGAAGAAGCAUUUGCAUUGGAACCUAUUGAUAUAACUGUUAAAGAAACAAAAGCCAAGAGGAAGAGGAAGCUCAUUGUUGACAGUGUCAAAGAGUUGGACAGCAAGACAAUUAGAGCCCAACUUAGUGAUUACUCUGAUAUUGUCACUACUUUGGAUCUGGCACCACCCACCAAGAAAUUAAUGAUGUGGAAAGAGACAGGAGGAGUAGAAAAACUGUUUUCUUUACCUGCUCAGCCUUUGUGGAAUAACAGACUACUGAAGCUCUUUACACGCUGUCUUACACCGCUUGUACCAGAAGACCUUAGAAAAAGGAGGAAAGGAGGAGAGGCAGAUAAUUUGGAUGAAUUCCUCAAAGAAUUUGAAAAUCCAGAGGUUCCUAGAGAGGACCAGCAACAGCAGCAUCAGCAGCGUGAAGUUAUUGAUGAGCCUAUUAUGGAAGAGCCAAGCCGCCUCCAGGAGUCAGUGAUGGAGGCCAGCAGAACAAACCUAGAUGAGUCAGCUAUGCCUCCACCGCCACCUCAGGGAGUUAAGCGAAAAGCUGGACAAAUUGACCCAGAGCCAGUGAUGCCUCCUCAGCAGGUAGAGCAGAUGGAAAUACCACCUGUGGAGCUUCCCCCAGAAGAACCUCCAAAUAUCUGUCAGCUAAUACCAGAGUUAGAACUUCUGCCAGAAAAAGAGAAGGAGAAAGAGAAGGAAAAAGAAGAUGAUGAAGAGGAAGAGGAUGAAGAUGCUUCAGGGGGUGAUCAAGAUCAGGAAGAAAGGAGAUGGAACAAAAGGACUCAGCAGAUGCUUCAUGGUCUUCAGCGUGCUCUUGCUAAAACUGGAGCUGAAUCUAUCAGUUUGCUUGAGUUAUGUCGAAGUACGAACAGAAAACAAGCUGCCGCAAAGUUCUACAGCUUCUUGGUUCUUAAAAAGCAGCAAGCUAUUGAGCUGACACAGGAAGAACCAUACAGUGAUAUCAUCGCAACACCUGGACCAAGGUUCCAUAUUAUAUGAGGAGCUAGAAGCAUUACAGCUAGUGUUCGUUUCACUAGUGCUUACAAAUUGCCCCCAUGUGUAGGGGACACAGAAUCCUUUGAGAAAACUUAGAUUUUUGUCUGUACAAAGUCUUUGCCUUUUUCUUUCUUCAUUUUUUUCCAGUAUAUUAAAUUUGUCAAUUUCAUCUUUGAGGGAAACUAAUUAGAUGGGUUGUGUUUGUGUUCUGAUGGAGAAGACAGCACCCCAGGGACUCAGAAGAUGAUUUUAACAGUUCAGAACAGAUGUGUGCAAUAUUGGUGCAUGUAAUAAUGUUGAAUGGCAGUCAAAAGUCAUGAUUUUUAUCUUCUUCUUCAUUACUGCAUAGAAAAGGAAACCCUGUCUGGGAAAAUGCCUGACAGUUUAAUUUAAAACUAUAGUAUGAGUCUUUGACAAGGAAAAAAAAGCCUUUCCGUCAGUAACACUGGCAGUCUUCCUGUUAACCAUUUUCCUUAGGGAUGGUAUGGGAAACAACUAAGGUCACCCUCUUGAGAUUCGUUUUUAAGUGUAAUUCCAUAAUGAACAGAGGUGUUACGUGAAAUUGUGUUGUGACUGAUAACCUUCAGCUACAAAAAGAUAGAGGACUGACUUGGUUUGAAGUGUUCUAUUUUGUAAAUCAUUCCAUUUGAGUCUUUCUGAUGAACUUGGCUAUCCUGAAAUCUGUUACUUUAGUGAGGCUCCAAAGUGAGCACAAAUAGGCCUAAUUAGAGUAGAGUGACUAUGAAAAAAACAUAGCUUUCUAGGAGCUAUAAAUCAGAAUUUUUUAAAAAGAUGUUUUGGAUAUAUUUGAGUAUUCAGAUCAUGAAAAUAGAAAUUGCCCUGCCUAUUACAAGGACAUACUGAUGGGAAAUUAUACACCUGGUCAGCUUAACCUUUAAGCAGACGAUGCUGUACAAACUAAUGGCUUCUCUGAUAUUUAUUAAAAGUUUUAGUACUUACCUCCUUUUCCAGUGCUGCACACUCCUGUGUUUGGAACUUUAAUAGCUUCGUAACGAAUCCUAUGUCUAGUUUCCUAUAAUUUAAUUGAAAAAAAAAAUCCAAAUAAAGGUUUUAUUAUUAACAGACCAGAGAGCAUCAGAAAUCAUGUGACUAUUAUUACCAGAAUAUGUCUUAACUUUUUAGGGCAAGAUUAACACUGAAAGUUCUAGCCUAAGUGUUGAAACUUUUGUGGGAAAAAAGUCACUUUUGAAAAUCAGACUUCAGUGUAUACCCAAUAAUUUUAAAUUAUGUGAAAUGUUUUAAAUUUGUGAACUCGUAAUUACUGUUUUAAUGAUUCAGUUUCUUGAGAGUGAUAAUUGUAUAAAAUUGCAAUUGCAGCUUUAUUUUCAAUAUGAUGUGCCUGUAAACCAAGGAGUUUUCCCCGUUUGUAAAAAGACAUUGUAGAUAAUUGAAUGUUUGAUUUUAGAAAGGUCGUUAGUUCUUGUUACACAUUUUGUUAGUCUGGUUUUUGUUGCUUAUCAGGUUUAAUAUUGUUCUUGAAAAUAGUUGAUGCUAUGUUAUGUAUAACUUUUCUAAUAAAAGUUGUGUUAUAAGCUGUA